UCUGCAGCGGGCGGCAGCAGCUGCGGUAGCAUUUCUUGCCUGCCCUCUUGUCUCCUGUACAGCUACAGCGCUACUAGUUAGCCACAGGACAAUAUCCCUGCUGUAGGCUUCAAGACAUGUUCGUCUUCAAGAGUUCCACUCAUCCCAGUGAGUGAAAUUGGAACAAGUUAGUCCAUUGAUAAACUACAAACGAUUGCUGUCAUCUUGCUGCCUUGGGAGAGUUGAUAGGCUGUAUAGCCUGGGAAGAGUUGAUCAUCAGCAGGUGGUCUAGUCACAGCUGAUGAGUGUGAUGAUGAUGAUGAUGGGAGGAGGCUACUGCAGCCGAAGGUGCAGCCCCCCACGCCAGUGCUAGUACCUGUCUCCAGUCUCCAACCCCUGGUUCCUCUGCCAGCCCUGGUCCCACUUGGCACCACCUCUGGCCCCACCAUGGCUAACCACCUGGAGCUUCUCAAUGAGCUGCAGCAGCUGGACAAGGUGCCUAGCCUGGAGCGCCUGAGGGCUGCCCAGAAGCGCCGCACACAGCAGUUGAAGAGAUGGGCCGUGUACGAGAAGGAGAUGCAGAACAAGAAACGCAAGGCGGAAAAGAGAAGGAACGCUAAUCAUGCCACCGCCAUGGAGGCUAAACGGCACGUAUCGUUUGCUGCUAGUGUGGCGCUGCUAGAGGCCUCGGCACGGAACGAUCCUGAAGAAGUACGUUACCUGUUGAAGAACAACGUCAGUCCAGACCUGUGUAACGAGGACGGUCUCACUGCUCUGCACCAGUGCUGUAUUGAUAACUAUGAGGAGAUGGUGAAGAUAAUGUUGAAUCGUGGAGCCAGUGUAAAUGCCAAAGACAAUGAACUGUGGACGCCGCUACACGCUGCUGCCACCUGUGGACAUGCAGGAUUGGUCAAGGUCCUCAUACAACAUGGAGCAGAUCUCUUGACGGUGAACUCUGACGGCAACAUGCCCUAUGACUUGUGUGAAGAUGACCCCACACUGGACAUCAUCGAGACCGCCAUGGCCAACAGAGGCAUCACCCAGGAGAUGAUCAAUGAGACCCGGGCGUCUGUAGAGAGGAGGAUGAUGGGAGAUAUCCAGGAGCUGCUGACGGAGGGAGAGGACGUCAACCACCAUGAUUCACAGGGAGCUACUCUGCUCCACAUUGCAGCAGCUAACGGUUACGUCCAGGCUGCAGAGCUUCUGCUGGAGGGAGGGGCCAGGAUGGACCUGAGAGACACUGACGGAUGGCAGCCGCUCCACGCUGCAGCCUGCUGGGGUCAGAUGCAUGUAGCAGAGCUGCUGGUUUCUCACGGUGCCAGUCUCAAUGCCAAGACCUUCCUAGAGGAGACUCCCAUUGACCUGUGUGAGGACGAGGAGUUCCGAGCCAUCCUGCUAGACCUGAAACACAAACACGACAUCAUCAUGAAGUCUCAGCUUAAACACAAGACCUCCCUGUGUAGGAGGACAUCCAGCGCAGGCAGCCGUGGGAAAGUGGUGCGGAGGGCAAGCCUGUCUGACAGACACAACCUUCGUGUGAAGGAAUACGAGACUGAGGCCAUCGUGUGGAGAGGAGGGAGGGAAGGAGGGAGGGAGGAGCAGGAGAAGGAGACGGACCAGGAGAACAGCCAUCCCAUCAAUACAACUGGUACUACGGUGAAGCCAGUAGUGGAGAGACCCAAACUACAGAAGACCUUGAAAGAUGCUCCUAGCGGCAUCAUCAAACAAAAUGGCAUCGUCUCCACGACGACUUCCUCGCCCACUCCCAGUCAGCUGCCGCCAACCAAUGACGAGCCUCCAUCCCCUGACACGAAGAGCGCGUCAGCCGAUCAGCUCCCAGAGGACUCCUCCUCCUCCUUGCCCAGAGAGCGCUCUCAGACCCUGUCGGAACUGAAAAAGCAGAGGUCGGCCGCCAAGCUCCUCAAUCACCCGCUCCUCAACGGUCACCUAGGAAACGGCUCCACAGAAUCCACCGAACCCCAGAGCCCUGUGGACUCCCGUAUGCCCCUCGUCUCGUCCAAUGGCAGUACAGUAUACUACACCCCGGCAAGCGGUGACCCGCCCAUUCUCAGACUCAAACAGCCAUUAGAUGACGAGGAACCAAAGGAGGGCAGCUGCUGCUGUGUCUCCUAGGGAGGAGAUGGAGGCCACCCCAUGACACCGAUCUAAGGACCAGACUCCAAAGGAAGCCUCAGCCAAGGUCCCUGAGGAGCCCAAGGUACCAGAGCCCGAAGAGGACAAACCUAGCAAGGCCCAGCAGCUGAAGAAGGUGUUUAAGGAGUAUGGAGCAGUGGGCGUGUCC